CUUGUUUAGUAUUAAAUUGUACCCAAGACAAAAAAAGUUCUUAUAUCGAAGAGACCCGUACUUCCUUUGUUGAAAUAGGGAUAAAUGGUUUGAGUCGAGAUUUUAUAAAAAUAGACUUAGUGAAAUCCCCUAUUUCGUAUACCGCAAAAAGGAAUGAUCCUUCGCGUUCAGGAUUGAUCUAUGAGAAUGGAUCAGAUUGCACCAAUAUCAAUCCGUUUUCUUCCCGUUUUUUCUACUAUUCCAACGCAAGGAUUAAAGAAUCCCUUAAUCAAAACCAAGGCACUAUUCAUACAUUGUUCAAUAGAAAUAAGGAAUACCAAUCUUUGAUAAUUUUGUCAUCCUCUAAUUGUUUUCGAAUGGGCCCAUUCAACAAUGUAAAAUAUCACAAUGUGAUAAAAGAAUCAAUUAAAAAAGAUCCCCCAAUUCCAAUUAGGAAUUUGUUGGGCCCUUUAGGAACAGCCCUUAAAACUGCGAAUUUUUAUCCAUUUUCCCAUUUAAUAACUUAUAAUCAGAUCUUGGUAAUUAACUAUUUGCAACUUGACAACUUAAAACAGACCUUUCAAGUAAUUAAAUAUUUUUUAAUGGAUGAAAUUGGUAAAAUUUAUAAUUAUGAUUUGUGCAGUAACAUUAUUUUGAAUCCAUUCAAUUUAAAUUGGUAUUUUCUUCAGCACAAUUAUUGUGAAGGGAUGUCUACAAUAAUGAGUCUUGGGCAGUUUAUUUGUGAAAAUGUAUGUAUAGCCAAAAAUGGACCACAUCUCAAAUCGGGUCAAGUUCUAAUUGUUAAAAUGGAUUCUGUAGUAAUACGAUCCGCUAAGCCUUAUUUAGCCACCCCAGGAGCAACGGUUCAUGGCCAUUAUGGGGAAAUCCUUUACGAAGGAGAUACAUUAGUUACAUUUAUAUAUGAAAAAUCGCGAUCUGGUGAUAUAACGCAGGGCCUUCCAAAAGUGGAACAGGUAUUAGAAGUGCGUUCGAUUGAUUCAAUAUCGAUGAAUCUCGAAAAGAGGGUUGAGGGUUGGCAUGAAUGUAUAACAAGAACUCUUGGAAUUCCUUGGGGGUUCUUGAUUGGUGCUGAGCUAACUAUAGUGCAAAGUCGUAUCGCUUUGGUUAAUAAGAUCCAAAAGGUUUAUCGAUCCCAGGGGGUGCAGAUCCAUAAUAGACAUAUAGAAAUUAUUGUACGUCAAAUAACAUCAAAAGUGUUGGUUUCAGAAGAUGGGAUGUCUAAUGUUUUCUUACCCGGAGAAUUAAUUGGAUUGUUACGGGCGGAACGAAUGGGGCGUGCUUUGGAAGAAGCAAUCUGUUACCGAGCCGUCUUAUUGGGAAUAACAAAAGCAUCUCUGAAUACUCAAAGUUUCAUAUCCGAAGCGAGUUUUCAAGAAACUGCUCGAGUUUUAGCAAAAGCUGCUCUACGGGGUCGUAUUGAUUGGUUAAAAGGCCUGAAAGAGAACGUUGUUCUGGGGGGGAUGAUACCCGUUGGUACCGGAUUCGAGGGAUUGGUGCACUCUUCGAGACAACAUACCAACCUUUCCUUGGAAACCAAAAAUAAUAAUAUAUUUGAGGGGGAGAUGAGAGAUAUUUUGUUCCACCACAGAAAAUUUUUUGAUUCUUGCUUUUCAAAGAAUUUCCAUGAUACAUCAGAACAAUCAUUUAUAGGUAUAGGAUUUAAUGAUUCCUAA